CAAAGGUCAUAUCCGUACACGAUUGCCAUGCAACGCACGCCAAUAUUUACACGGCAAUGACAAUGAUUGCCCAUGAUUCUCCUUUGCAUGCAUUUCUGUGGAAAAUAUAUGACUCUAAUGGAUUAGUGAUGAAAUAGUUGAAAUAAGCCAUAGCGUUUGGUCAAUAUCCUCUGCCGUUCGAAAUGAAAGAGCCCGUACAGUUGGACUGUAGACUACAUGUGAUACAUGGGGGAUAUUAGCUACUUCGCAAAUACACUGCAUUCAUUUCAUUCCCACUGAUCAUGAGAACUAUAUAAAAGCUGUAUGUGGAUACCAUCGGAGGAACUGCAGUUAUACACGUAAUUAAGCUAGUGAUCGCCCUAUAACAAACCUAUUUCCGUGAUUAACAACAUGGCGGAAAAUCCGGAGGCGUUGAGGGAAUUCAUCGAGAAGAAUCCAUCGAAACUGAACGACUAUCUUCCUCGAGUCUUAGAAGGUAUCAAGAAGGAUGACGAUGGCGAGUUUAUCAAGGAGUUGAAAUAUGCACUGCGGGAUGAGAUGAUGGAUGCGGCCAAGGCGGCGAAAAAUAAGCACGAACAAAUGAUGGCUGACAUAUGCGUGGAAUGCAUGAAGAAGAAGACAGAGUUGUAUCUGGCUAGGGCCAAGGAUAUAUUUAACGAGAAAAACGUGAUCAAAUGGAAGGGCCACGAGGGUGCCAUAGAAAGGAUUCUCCAAGACCUUGCACAACCCAUUCCGUGGCUACCUACAGAUCGCGAGAAAAGAUACAUGGAGUCGGGCGAGGAGAAGAACCUGUCCUGGUGGGAAUCGGGUGAACAUCUCAAGAGAACCAUUGAGGUGAUGAUAGAAGCAUUUAGUCGAGACAAAGUUCUGAAGAAGGUUGCUGGGUCCUUCCUUACCCUUCUGAAGGUGUGUCUUGAUAGUGCGUCAGAUAUGCACGUCGUGGUGGCUCUUGGGAUAGUGGAAACAACUGAAAUGACGUGGGAGGGAACUGAAAAACAGAUACCAGGUGUUCUUGAGGCUUUUUGUACAUGGCUUCGUCGUGAUGACACUGACUUUGAAGGGAAUCUUGAUCACAAGUACCUAGCUAAUGGUGUCAUAGACAUUGAAUUCUUAGAAAAUGCAGGGAAAUCGAGCCAGGAACCUUUAAAGAAAAUCAUGCAAUAUUGCAUAGAGCAAGAACUUGAAGGAGAUGAGCAAUCUUUAGGUCUAUCGGUUCAUGGGAAUAUCCUUCGAAAAAUAGUUUCAGGAUUCAUCAUAAAGAAAAAGGACAACGUCAAGGCAUACCAGGAUCUGAUGCCAUUCGUUGUGAAACUUCUCAGUUGCGACGUCACAGUGCUAGAAAAAAAGGCGGCAGACGCCAUUGGACAAUCGGAAAUCUACGAAAACGGAGAGCUUCUGGCGCCAUUUGGGGACGCCAUAGCUGAUGCCUUCUUGGACAACAAGUUCAAGGGCUCUUCCGGUGUCUUGGCUCUCAACAGCUACUUUCGAUUUAACCCGGAAGUUGUUCUCUCACGAAUUGACCGCAUUGUUGUACUGCUCGAGGAUAUGGGAAGUCACGACAAAAUGAGACUGUAUAUGCUACUCGACGAUGUCAGCAAACAGAACCCGAAGGUUUUAGUACCUCAUAUCGACCUGAUGUUCGAGGAUGUCUGCAACGCUUCUCUGGUGCACUUCUGCUUCAUGACCUUGGCCAACAUAUCCCUAAAACACGCGGAGCCUUUCGUCAAGCAUAUAGACAGGUGUGUUAAAGCCUGGAAGCAAAACCCAAAUGAAGCUGCUUCUGCUUGUAGAGUCAUCGCAAGUGUCGGUCGUCUCAAUGAGAAAGAGGCAGCUAGAUGUUUGAAGAUCUUGUUCACCAAACUAAAGAGCAUUGAUGCUAUGUGGACGGGUGUGGUGCUCAUGGAAGUCAAGAGGGUGGCCAGGGACCACAAAGAAUGCUUUGCGGUCUACAAACCGGACAUUGAGAAGCUUAGGACGUGCCAACAGAUCGGGGUUCCAGAUCUGGUCCAGGACUUGAUCGAUUUUCUAGAAGGCAGAAGCCUUCUGGGACUCACUGAAGAUGUCGCUGAGCAAAGAGAAGACAUCGACAAUUUGGACAAUAGGGUAACCAACACUGAGAAUGAUGUCUCAAGAAUCGACGAGACAGUGGCCCAGCAAGCUGAAAAUAUUGAGAAUGUGAAGAGCGACGUCAACGACCAGGGCCAAAGACUUGAUGAGCUGGAAGAAGUCGUGGACGAGACGGUGGAGAAAGUGGAAGAGAUUGACCACAAGACCAUUACUAACGCUCCUAAAUGGUCAAGGGACGUUUCGAAGCUGUUGAACCCUGAGCAUGAGCACGAUUGGAGGUUCCUGGCCGUCCGUCUCGGCUACUCCGGUGAAGACAUCCGCAACUGGGCUCUGUCACCCGACCCUACCAUGGCCAUCCUGGCAGAAUGGUAUACCACUCACAAGAGCAGUGAUGCUACCUACGCCAUACUCAGUGCCUUGGAGGACAUGGGCAGGACCGAUGCUGCAGAAAUCAUCACACAGUCACUAGAGGAAGCAGAAAUGCUGGUGCCACAAGCACCCUCAGACGACUUUGAGAAGCCCCCGACAGUAUUCUUAAGCUACCAGUGGGACCACCAACCGGAAGUGAAGGCCAUCCGGAAGCACCUAGAGAUGGCAGGGUUUCCUUGUUGGAUGGACAUUGGUCAGAUGGGUGGAGGAGAUCAGUUGUUCGCCAAGAUCAGCCAGGGCAUGAGGUCAUCCAAAGUGGUACUCUGUAUGGUGACAGAGAAAUACUCCAACUCUGAGAACUGUAACAAAGAGGUGAAUCUUGCCAAUCUGCUGAACAAGCCAAUCAUUCCCGUCCUCAUCGACCAAACCAGAUGGCCGCCAGAGGGCGCCAUGAGCAUGCUUUUCGCACAGCUACUUUACAUUCAAUUCUUCAACGAGAAAGAAUACGUGAGGGGAGAAAAGUUCUGGGACGAUGCCAAGUUCUCAGAACUUCUGGGCCAGAUAUCAUACCAUGCCACCCCGGAUGAAAGCAUGGUUUCCGACGAGUACCGGGACUGGAUUCCUCAAGUGGAAGACACUCCAGUCACCGUAAAGAAGGUAUCGGAUGAAGCAGGGAACACGACGGCGCUGCAACAGAACAUAGCAGUAACGGAAUCUUCAGAGCACCCAUCGGUGUUCAUCUCAUACCAGUGGGGCAAGCAACCCGAGAUCAAGAGACUGUUCUCACGUCUCAGUGGUUUAGGCUACCACUGUUGGUUAGAUAUCAAUCAAAUGGGUGGUGGGGAUCCACUCUAUUCCAAGAUUGACAAGGGAGUCAGGAAUGCUAAGGUGGUACUUUCCUGCGUGACACCGAAGUACGCCCUCUCCGCCAACUGCCGACGUGAAGUGAGUCUUUCUGACGCGCUCCGCAAACCAAUCAUUCCCCUGCUGCUUGAAGAUAUGGUAUGGCCACCGGAAGGACCGAUGAGCAUGACUUUCACCCAGCUUCUCUACAUCGAUUUCACCAAAGAGACAACUCAAGCCAGCUUCGAGGAUGAAAAGUUCGAUGAACUUAUUGAGAAGAUAAAUGCGCAUGUUCAGCUGUCGAUAGAUGGCAGCGGUAGUGAAGACAGACCGGUUGAUGAGCAAGCGACCUCACCAAAGUCAAAAGAAACAUCCUCUGCUGCUACCAACGUCACAGAUCCUGGACACCAUCCACCGAGAGAACACACAGAAAAGAACAACUCAUCGAGAUCUUCUUCGGGAAAAAGCAACAAGAAAUCAUCGACUUGCUUACUUAUUUGAUAGUUUGUGGAACACUUUAAAUCAUGGAUGCAUUCAUGAAAUAUUUAUUCUUUUUAAAAUGGUUAUGUGUGUGGACGGUUUUAAUCGGGUUGUAAGUUUUGAAAGGCAGUAGAAUAAUAUGAUUGGUCGGUUAUAUUUUGUAAACCAGGUUCGACCGAAUCAGCUGUGGUUGAUAAUACGUUGCUGACUUUUUAGUUUGUUUAGAUAACUCUCGAGCUUUCAAACUCUUUUCUGUGACGAAGUGGAAGUGUGUUAGUGAAAUUAAUGACUUGGUAUGUGUAUGUGAGGGUAGGAGGCAAGGUGUGUGUGUGUGUGCCCGUGCAGCUCGGGUACUAUGCUUUGAAAAUUGCCAUCUUAACUCUUGUCACGUAUACGCUAUUUUGAAUGAAAAGAAAACAUGCAUUUCAAAGAUUCUCCGGUGAGUGAUUUUAAAGAUAUGAAAUGAAUAAUUCGGUCGCCUGGCUCUCAUUUGAUCUUACGUGUCAUCUUAAAUAAAAAUGUAACCUAGGUCCUCAUCUCAUCAAAAGAAGAACAGAGUGACAGUGUUUAAACAAUAUUAUGUGAAAUCCACUUCACACUGUUAAAGGAAACCAAAACCUAAGAGAAGCAAUCUUAUUGGA